CUGUGAGCUGGGGCAGGUGGAUACGCGGCCAUAGCUCUGGGCCGCCACUGCACAAUGCCUACUUAACCGCCACAUUGGCCGCUCUCAUCAGCUUACUCGAGUUCAGACAUCUAUCAUCGCAGAUACUGCUGUCUUGAGGACGAAACAGUCGAUAUGCCUGCCCCACUUGCCAAAGGCAUCAUCCUCGCGUCCGGCAUCAUCAUAGCCGCCGGAAUCGCCAUCUACGAGAGCCCUGAAUUUCGACGAUGGCUCGAACAAAACCGCCGAAAGAUCGCCGUAGCCUGGAACGGCCAGGGCGAUAGUUCGGCAAGGUCACAACAUUCAAGCAGUGGCACGACCGAGGAAGAAGAGCGUCGCAGACUACAGGAGAUGCUCAUUCGAAGACGACGAUCAGCUAUAAUUCGUAAGGCGAGGGACGAGGGUGUAGCUGUUGACUUGGACGAGCUGGCAAGCGUAGGCCAAGACGAAGGCUGGCAUACGAACCGCACUGUCAAGAGAGCUGACAGUGGCAAGAGUUUCGACGACAUUGUUGGUGCUGAUGGCAUGCUCAAGUCGGAGCGAAGGGCGAGAAAUAAAGCCGACAAAGCCGCCACAACUGCAAGAGAGACGACCGAAGAUCACAGUGGACUCAAAGCUAGAGGACGUGCCGAAGCGGGUUUGAAGUGUGGUACUCACUUUGCGAAUCCUUUCGCUGAUGAGUUGGAUGGUCUACAUGAUGAAAGCUUGAUUGGAACGGCCGAUGAUCAUACACAGGAAGCCCUGCAGUCACCCUCGACUCUGGCAGCCGAUACACCUAAGAUGAUUCCUGAUCAGAGCCUUGCUCACGAUGCCGGGGCUACUGCCAUACAUUCUCAAGAUGCCUCUGUCUAUUCCACGGAAGAAUCCUACCACUCCUUCGUUUCUCCUCCCCACUCCCGAGCCGCAUCCAUGUCAUCCGGUAUCCUUACACCGACGUCAGAUGGGUUUGCGACUGGUGCUUCCGUUGUCGGAACACACGCUGAUGACAUCGCCGUUAUGUCACCCUCCCUGCACUCGUUGCACAAUGAUGACGAUGCCAUGAGUGAAUUUAGUGAGGUUGGGCACGGGCGAGAUACUCCCUCCAGCUGGACAGAUGUUGGGAGUGAAGCCGGGAGCGAAUGGGACUUAGAACACCGCCAAUGAGAGGCAUCAUAGUUUGAACGCGUGGGACAGCUUUAUACCCAAAUUACACUUGGCGCAGAAUGAUGAAUUGGCGUUUGGAAGAUACUGGUGCAAAUCUUGGCCUCGCGGAUUUUCGUUAAGGAGUAUUACACUCGCUGAAAUUUGUAGUCUUACGUACACG